AUGUCGUCACCCGCCGCCUCCGAGACUAAUUCCGAGCUUCUCAGACGGUGUCAAGAGUUCUUAGCACAGCGAGAGCCGAGGCCGAAGGAGUAUCAUGAAAUUAAAGACAAGCUUGCUUUCCUUCCCUUACGGCCAGAUAUAAAAUGGGGUUUUGUUAUCGUCCGCACUGUUUAUGGUCCAUUAAGCGAUGCGCCGUGGGCCCAAAUGCUCGAACUUCUUCGUGCGGAGAUCUCAGAGUCUUUGACAGAGGCAGAUCAUCUAGAGCUGCUUUCACGUUACGAGAUGACUAUCAUCGAGGAUGAAGCAACGCUUGCCGGCGCAGAUUUAUCUAGCGCAGCGGCAUACGCUGCACGCCGCGCAUUUCGCGCUUGGGUAGCGGAUAAUCUGCCUCAACAGCUCUCCGACGACUAUCUAGAAAAGUUAGGCGGACUUGUACAGCACCACGCGAACCAUCCUUUGGGCAUUAUGCCUCCUCGAUGGCGAUACUGCAUAUUUGUGGACCAGGAUUGCUUACGCUCGCUGGAGGGAGGGCCUAAGGAGCCUGAAUUGAAAGAUCCAGCCUUGAAGAUUUUGACUACAGAUUGGGACGGCGAAGAAGUGGAGGUACCCACUGAAGAAUUUACUCGAGACUGGGAUGGUGGUAAGACUAAUGAUGAUCACGAAGACGUUGGAUGGAUAUGGAUGGACAUGACGGAUUAUGCUCCCAAGUACACUCAAUUGACUUCUGCACUUGGUUGGCUAGAAUACUACGAGCGGCCUCAAAAGGGCUACGUGGAGGCUACAAGAUCCUUCCCUGACUUGCCAUAG